CAGUCGCAGCUCGGUGCUCGAACACAACACAGCUCGGCCACCGCACUGCGGCGCGUAGCCAGCGCAGCGAAUCCAAUCCCAUCCUCAUGAUAAAUAAAUAAAGAAUAAUUUUACGAGCCCUCCUUCUCUCUCGAUUUCUCGCGCAGCGGUCCUUCCCCUUCUCUCGCCGCCGCCGCCGUGUUCCGUCCCGUCGCCGAUGGCUUCCGCCAAGUUCGGUGCUGUCGCGCAGGUGGAGAACCGAGGCGCGCUGUCGAAAAGGUCGCGCAACGACGUGUCUGUAAGGGAGGGGGACUGGAAUUGUCCUCAGUGUGGUAAUGUCAACUUCAGUUUUAGAAAUGUUUGCAACCGUGGAGCCUGUGGUGCACCCCGUCCAUCACCGAGUCCAAGUCCUAGAAUGAUGCCAGCACCUCCUCCUGGUGGAUAUGACCGGUCACCUCUAUUUUACGGAGGAGGUGGUGGUGCCCCACCUCCAAUUCCUCUUGGAUCUGGUAGCUAUGGUGCUCCAUAUCCGCACCUUGGGAUGCGAUAUGGUUAUGGUCCACCAGUAGGAGCUCCUGGUUCAUAUGGCCUUUUCUCGUCAUAUGGUCAACCUGGGCCAAUGAGUGGUAUGGGAUAUGGCCCAGGACCUGAGCUAGGCCGAUAUAGCUAUGGCUUUAGAGGUUCUCCAAUGCCGGUUUCUAGCCCAUGGUCUGGUGGAGCAUUAGCUGAAAACAAUGACAAUAUUGCUUCACGAAAGCGCCGUGGAGGCCCUGAUGGACUUUCUGAGGGUGACUGGACCUGCCCCAAAUGUGACAACAUUAACUUUUCCUUCAGAACCACUUGCAACAUGAAGAAAUGUGGAGCCCCGAGGCCAACUUCUGGAGGUAACACGAGCUCAUCUCGCAAGGACAAUAACAAUAAGGAAGCCCCUGAAGGAAGCUGGACCUGCCCAGAGUGCAACAACCUGAACUACCCGUUCCGCACCGUGUGCAACAGGAAAGGAUGCUCGUACAGCAAGCCAGCCCCGACGAAUAACUGAACCCAACCUUGCGCACAGCGCACCAUAUUGUUGAGAGCCAUCGUCGAACUAUUGUUGUACCCGUAGAUUGUAUCCUAGUCGUGUGUAAUCUUUAAACUGCACAAAAAUGUUUGUGCCUGGAGACGAGAGAUUCUAUUCGUUAUGUUAUGUUUAAUUUACUUGUUAAUUUGUUAUACAUUUUAAAUGCUGAAAACAAGUAAAUAGCAUUGUACUUAUAAACUA